UAUUUAGUUUCCUCCCUUUUACGGACCUGUUCUGUGAUGUUAUCUGCUCCACUGCGCUAAUCAGCUGAAGAUGGCCGCGUCGCUCAAGUCCAGUCCGUCACCGCCUGUUCUCCCAAAGCCAGAGAGCCGCAGGAGGAGACUCAACACCUCUGUGGUGUCUUCUGUGGAGGAAAGCGACGGUGUUCCUGAACUCCCUGAACUCCCAGAAUUAAAGGAGACAUCACCACUGAGCGACCAAGCCCAGUUGCAGAUUCUGCCUCUGCAAAACGAUUUAAUACCAGACGAACUGCUCACCACCCUCACCUCAGCCGUCUGCGCCCAGGGCAGACUGGGCCCACCCAGGCUGACCAAAACCCCAAAACACUUAAAGGUUUGUGGAGUACGCGCACCCGAUCCAGUAUGGCACCAUUCUUUUGGCCGCAAAAAAUACCAGUACUUUCUUGAUCAACCCACGUCAGUGACCGGAGCUGGCAGGGAUAUCUCCUUUCUUUGUGAUGCCCUGGCAGCUCAGAAGCAGCGAAUGCCCCUCCCGCCGAUGACUGACAGGAGCACCACUCAAUCAGUUGAUAUUCAGAAGGAUACACUUUCCAUGGAGACUUUAAUCCCAGCAGAAUAUCACAUAGUGAAACAUAAAGGGCUGAGAGGACUGCAGUGUUAUGAUGACAAAUUCACAGUUCUGUUAGAGGACGAUAAAAAGAAGCUCAAAGUCUUUCCAUCAAUGAAGCCCAGUGGACGUCUGGAGGCAGUGCAGCUAAUGAAAGUGAUGGAUGAUAUGCUGGAGAAAGCAGGCGUCAAUCAAGAGUUUGAGGAGCUCACUGGCCUCUCACAAAUGCAAGGUCUGCUUGAGUUGGUCCGUGUGGAGCAGAACAUCUACAACAUUGUGUUUCACGAGCUGAUCCGGCAGGUGAGUGUGGAGUGUGCAGAGAGGGGCCAGCUGCUAGCCAAACUCAGGCGGCGGUAUGUUGCUCUGCUGGACCGUAUCCCACGGCAACUUAAGGGUCUGCAUACAGAGACCCUGGCACAGAGAGCUCUGAACCGACGGCUGACAGAGGAGCUCAUCUGCUUCAAGCGCUCCAUCACACAGCUUAAUGAAGAGCUGAGUAAGAUGAGGGAGUGUGAUGAGCAUGUGUCCAUGCAGGCCAAGAGGGCCCAGGAGCAGCUGGCCAAAGCACUUGAGCAAUCACAACGCAACUCUGAUUUGGUUGGGGAGUACCAUGACCUAUAUGAGAUGCAGAGGAGAAGGCUGGAGGGACAGGUGGCCACACUGACUGAGGAGAGGGACUUAUGGAGCAAGGUCACCUACAGCCUCGCUCUUAAGGUUAUUAAGUUAAAUAACCUGCAGCUGGUCAGCAGGCUUCAUGUUAGUGAGCAGACAUGGAGCAAAACGGCAGAGCACUUCACUGUCUUUCUGACCACAAAGGACUCUGAGGACCUGAACCGUGUCAUGCAGCUGACCGAGCAGUGGGAAGAGAAUUUGACCAGCUUCAUGGAAAAGCUGAGAGAAACCGAGCGAAAGCAGUGUGAAAACAUGAGGUCCAUCCAGAAUAACAUUGUCAAGUGGCACAAGUUCUGUGAGGCUAACAUCAGAAGCCCAGAUGUGAUAUUUGAAAAGACUUCAGAGGAGGAGUUGUUCAGAGACUUGAAGCAAUGGUCAACGAUGUUAACCAUGGAGUGUGAACGGUAUGGAGGAGAAGACCUUCUCUCUGGUCAGGAGACUCUCAACACACUUAUUCAGCUGCAGGAAGAAUGGGUGGAGGUGUGUCUGCAGCUGUUCAGGAGACAUCCAGCCCCAGAUGGAGAGCCACCUCAGGGUCAGGCGGCCAUGAGGGAGCUGAGCGGUGCUGUCACUGAGCUCCAUAAGCAGCUGGGCACCCGUAUCAAUGGAGAGAGCGGCAUUCAUCAACAGUUGAUGUCUCUGAGUGGAGGAAUGGAUUUCUGGGCCAACAAACUGAAGUCCUUUAUUAGUCAACCUGAAGUUUUGCCUCACUCUGAUUGGCUAAAGCUGGAGAAGGCCUUAGGGAGCUGGGUGAAGUUGUCUGAGGAGGCCCUGCUGAACGUUGACAGCACCCAGCCAGAGGGUGAGAAGAUAAAACAGAAGCUGCACAUCAGGAUUGAAAUCGAUGAUGUCUUCAGCUCACUAAGGGAGUUCAUCUUGUCUCAAAACAACUUCUUCGACUAUGAAAACAUGACACUGUGUGAAGAGGUCAGUUCCAUGCACACUCUGCUGACCCGCUGGAUGGUAGACUUGCUGCUGCAGAUGGUGCCCGAUCGUCUUGAUGACCAGGAGCCGCCUUUUCCAGCAAACACAGAAUUGAGCAUCUUAAAGGAUGUGUCUCUUCAGAAGCUGGAGGAAGAUGCCAAGAGUCUCUCUCAGAAACUGCACUACUUCUCCAAAUACAUCACAGGCUCUUGUCAGGCCAUUGUGGAGGAGCAGGUCCAGAAGAGCCUGAGCCAGGAUGAAAAAGAGAAUGAACUGUACCAGCUCUCCAAGCUUCAGAGGGAAUGUGCCGAGUGGGUGGAGGUGUGUCAGAUCCUGCUGUCUGAUAUGACGGGACGUCCUGUGGAGCUGCAGCGGGAGGGGAAAGCUGUGCCUCAGUCUGUCACUGACAUCCCAUCAACAAUGGCCAGCGUGGACUCUCUAGUGGGUGACCAUAUUAAACCAGAACUGCCCGCAGAAGGUGAAAAACAUGAGGAAGAGGAGCAGGAAGCCAUGAAAGCAGAUAGUAGGCCUCAUCCGUCUAAAGAAACUGAUGAGCAGGGGGAGGAGGAGAAGACAGAGGAGGUCACAGAUGAAGGUCCAGUUCUGAAGCUAAUAGGUCAUGAUGGCCACAUCAUUGAGCAGACUUUGGGAGAAGAGACUGUGGAGCUCACUGGGACCAAUGAUCUCGUAGGGCGGCCGCACACUGAGAACGCACAGCAAGCCUUCAGUGCGCUGGCUACUGUGGGAGUUCUUCAGCAGGAGUUACUAGCUGCAGAGGCUCGUGCCUUCAGCGCUGAGGAGAGGGCUCUAAAUGCAGAGGAAGCCCUGCAGGCAGCUCUGGAGAAGAUCCAGGUCUUAGAGAGACAGAUUCCCCAAAGGCCCAGUCCAGAGAGCAGUGUGAGCAAGAAGUCUGUUACGCCAGUUGCCAAGACGGCAGUCACUCCUGAACCCAAAGAGGUGAGCCAGAAGCCUACUUCCACCUCCAAACCCAAUAAAGGCAGCAAGAAACGCUGA